GAGGAGCGGAAGAGCUGAGUCAGUAGUAGCGCGGCACACGGGACUUAAGAUGGGACGGAGUGACGGCACUUCGUGACACGGUGUCGGCUGGAGAGCAGCAGAACUCCAAGACAGUAAUGUCAGGCUGGUUAAGAGAUGGAGAGGUGCUCGAGGGUCAGGGCAGUGGCCAGGCCCCUCCUCGUAGCCCACGAAUUAGGACACCAACCUCAGGAAGGAAGGUACGACAUUCACCCGACACAGCAGCCAUCAAGUCCCCAGAGAACACAAUGAGGAAAGCCAAAGACCUGUUCAGGCUUUGCGAUAAAGAAAACAAGGGUUUCAUCACCAAGAGAGACUUGCAGCGGUUACACGGAGAGGUGCCUCUGACCCCGGAGCAGCUGGAGUCUGUGUUUGAGAGUUUGGAUCGUGACAGAAACGGCUUUCUUACACCUCUGGAGUUCCACACAGGCCUAGGUGAGCUGGUAGAAGAGUGUGAGGAGAAAGAUCCAGCAGAACUCAAAUUCACGCAGAUUCUUAUAGAGCUUGGAGCAGAUAAACUUCUGAAAGAUCAGUGGGAGCUGUGUUCUCUUUGGUGUGAUUUGCAGAAAGACAGGCCUGAGAUGUUAAAUGUGUUAGAGGAAAUUCUCUCCCAUGCCGUGGCUCAUCUUCAGGACGCUCUGAGAGAGAGGGACAAUUUGGAAGAGACGCUGCGCAGACGAGAAGAAGACCACGACCGAGUGGUGCGCUCGCUUUACGAAGACCUCGAGAACCAGCUCAGAGAAGAGCGAGAGAAGCGACUCGCUCUGGACAGUGCGAGACAGGGGGAUAAGAGAGAGCAGGUGCUGCAGGAGCUGAGGAUGAGAGAGCAGGAGCUGGAGUUUACGCUGACCAAGCAGAGAGAGCUGGAGGCUAGGAUCAAGGCUUUGUGCCAGGACCAGACGAACACUCGCGGGCAGAACCAACGGCUACAGCUUGUUAACGCAGAUUUACGGGAACAGUUAGAGGAGAGCCGGGAGGAGCUACAGAAGGCACUUAACCAGCUGCAGAUCAUGCAGGAGACACUUAUGGAUCAGCAGGAGAGCAAACAGAGGCAAGUGCUGAAAGUCUCCAGAAACAUGCAGAAAGAGAGAGAGAGUCUGAUGAGGCAGCUGGAUCUGCUCAGGGACAUGAACAAGCGCCUUCGGGAUGAGAAGGAUGCACAGCAGGAUCAGACGAGGGUUAGUCAAAGACAAUCCUUAAUGCCUCUUGCAUCUCACCCGCAAUGCAACUGUGGCCAAAACACCCCAGUAUGGGGUGGGUACUCUUUCUACCCAUACUGAACUGGACUCUGUGCUGGUGUUUUAUACGCGGGUCCUUCUUCUGACUGGUGUGAAGCUGUGGGCAGCACUGUGCAUGAGCAGAAACCAGCGAAUCUUCACUUGCUUUCUCUGCCUUUGCAUGUGGUUGUGCUCGGGGCUUCGGUCCUAAUAGGGGUUAGCCAUGACUACUGAAGAUUCCUCACAAUUCAUGUUUACUCAGAUGUGGCCUCAGACAUUCCAGUCCAGUGAAUUGUGAAUAGUUUGAUAUUACAUUUCCGCUGCAUUAUUCAUAUUCUGAAAGCCUUAAACUAAAUGAAUGAACAACCAUGAGAAUAUGUACACACAGCUGUCAUGAUGAUUACUUACAGCCAUAUGAUGGUUUUUUUUGUGUGGAUCCUGAAGGCCAUUUUGUUGAUUUUUAAUUGGAAUAGCGGCCUAACAUGUUGCUUUUAUAGAUGAACAAAAAUUACCUUUUUUAUUGUAUCUGUUACAGAAAGUGCAGAAUAGUUUCCCAUAAUAUUUCUACUUUAGCUCAGCUCCACAUUCAAAAAUUACUUAUCCAGACUGUGAAUAAUAUUAGAAAUGAUAUUAGAUUAUUAAUUAUAUAGAAUUACUCAUUAUGCAAUUUUCUAUGAUCGUGCAAAUGUAACAAAUAAGGCAUGAAACUGUAGCUUAUAGGUGUGGUGUUAAAAUGAUUGUAUUUUUGUACUACAGUAGUAAAUACUGUAAUACUUCAUGUGAACACUGCUGAUAACCAAAGCUGAGAUCAACGUAACGAGAUGCACUAUAUGGCCAAAAGUUUGACCAUCAGCCCCUGUGCACUCCAUGACAAUGGAUUGUCGAAGCAGCAGUUUAUAAACUGCACAGAGCCCCAGCCUCAACCCCAUCGAACACCUUUGGGAUACACCCGAUCGCUAAUUGGAGAUUUUAAUCUGGAAUGGCAUGUUGAAAAAACACAUAAGAAAGUAAUAUAUAUUUUAUGCCUUUCUGAAAUAUUUAUCAUACUGAGAAUACCUAUGGCUGUUUGUACUGCUCAGUGUACUUCAUGCAUAUUAAAUAUCACAAAAACAAAACUACUGUAAAUAUUCAGCUAUACUGAUGUACAACUGUUCUACUGAAUACAUUUAUAUUUAAUAACUAACAUUGCAGACACAAGGACAAAUAUUAAGUUACUCAUCACAACUGGAUAGUAACUGUAUAGUAAUUGUUGUAACAGUUUCACUUCAACAAACUAUUGCUACAGUUGUACAUAUUAUGUAACUGACAUGGAAAUCUAGUAGGCACUCAUAGAACGCCACCUAUCUAAUUAAAUUAGUGAAUCAGAGAUUAGUGUCAACAUUUGAUACUGAACAAAGCUGUAUUACCAGCCAUACUUGGUAUUUAACAUGUCAGUGCAGGAGGUAACCUGUUGAAAAGCAGUGCAUGCUGCUAUUAUUUGUGUGAGAUAAAAUAAUGUUACAGUUAUUACUUACCAUACCGGUACACACAACUUUAGUCUGAGCCCCAUAGCAAUUCAGCACACCUUUAGCUAGCACUAGCAACACCGCUAUGAUGCCUGAUGACUAACUGUCUGUAGCAUUUGCUGUAGUUACAGAGGCUUGCAUAAAUAUUCUCCCUCUUGGACCUUUUCAUAUUUUGUUGUUUCCAUCACCUGGAACUGACAUGGCCUUGGGAUUUUUAUCAUCUGAUAUACGCAAUAUGUCUAGAUAAAAAUGUGGAAGGUUUCCAAUUGCUGUGCAUUACCACUUUUAUAGUUGAAUUCUAUAAUCAGAUUUAUUUUCCUUUCUUUUUCUUUCUAGAAGCAAAUUUUGCCAUGUUUUCCCCACAUCUAAAAGGACAUUCUGACAAUUUUCUCAAAAAGGCAUAUUUUCUGCAUAUUCUAAUGUUUUUAAAAUUGCCUGGUUACUUGUUAUCGGUUCAUAAAAGAUUAUGCAAUAACCAGAGAUCUAUUUUAAUUACUUUAAUGGCUAUUUUAAAAGUGCAGAAAAUGAUUUUUGAGUAAAAUGUUGAAAGUCUACAUGCUGUGAAAUUUUCCGCAUCACAAGAACUAAUCUAUUUAUCACAACAUCCUUUUGUGUAUAAAAUGUAUAUGUUUAUAUGAUUAUGUUGUACAUUUGUGUAAAGUUGGAUUAACUUAUUACGUUCGCUGUAUGUUUAGUCUUUUUUGUGACCAGUUUUUUUUGUGCUCAUGAUCAUGAACAUAAUGGAGAAAAAAAUUUCAGGUUAUGAACAAAGGGGUGUGUUUUCCAGCACCAGCAAAGUA